AAGCAGAGAGAGAGAGUCAAUUCGAUUUCUUCCUCCUCUGAGAAUUUUCAAUUUUAGAAGGGAUUAUUCAAUAUAUUCCAUUAUCAUUGAAUCAAAAUCAGUGUUUUUGCCCGUGCCCAGAACUCAAAUCUCCUCGUAUUCGAUCAAAUUUCGGUUUUGUCUCCCAUUGAUCGAGUUUUCGUCUGCGGCUCUCUCCUCCCGUCUCUCUGUGUUGAUCAGUUCCAUGGUUUCUUGUCUUGUUAUGGACAGGAAAAUCUAGUAGCUGAUGCUGUCAUUCCUUUCGGACUUAUCCGGGAAAACAGAUAAAUUCUCCUCAGCUUUUCCCGGAAAAAAGUUCUGCGUAUUUUCCUUCUCCCCAAACACCCUCCGUACUCUCUCAAAUCCCGCACCUUUCUGAAUCAAACGAAAUUCCCGACAAUUUCUCUGUUUUACCCGAUGAUGGGUGUCCAAAAAGACAGGAUCAGAUUCAAUGUCGGAGGCAGAGCCUUCGAAACGACGGCGACGACGAUCGCGAACGCAGGACGCGAUUCCUUCUUCGGCGCAUUGUUCGAUGACGAGUGGAAUCUGUUACAGCCUGAAAUUCCGACGCAGGAACUCUUCAUCGACCGGAACCCAGAUUGUUUCGCCGUCCUCCUCGAUCUCCUCCGGACAGGAGACCUCAACAUCCCUCCCAACAUGCCGGAGCGUCUCCUGUACAGAGAAGCUCUUUUCUACGGUCUCAUUGACCAUGUCCGAACCGCCAAGUGGGGCCCUUUCGAUGGGAACCGGCUCCGCCUCUCCCGCUCUGUCAACGGAAUCGCUCCCGGCGAUGGGACGGCGAUCAGGGCAGGUCCCGACGGCGGCUGCUGCGUCGCGCACGGGAGUGUCGUCCACGUGUUCGACUGGAUGCUCGCGGAACACCCUCCGAUAAACCUCGAUUACCAGAGAGUUAACGACAUGGGUUGGAUCGAUCCCGACAACAUCGUCCUCUCCGCCUGCGAGAGAUUAGGCCGCGGAGACGGCGGGAUGGGACUGUUCAGCUCGUCCUCCGGCGACCUCCGGUAUAAGUUUCAGGUCUCUCAUGAUAAUCAGGUGAAGAGUUACACCGCAGGAGCUCUGAGUUUCAAUCCUGAUCAUAAGAUCUUCGCCAGUUGCAAAGGACGAAGCAACGAGUAUGGAAUCGGGGUUUGGGAUCAAGUCACUGGAAAACAGGUCGAUUUCUUCUACGAAAGUCCCGGUUGGUCACUCGGCGAUGCAGAUAAGCUGCAAUGGUUGAAUGGCAAGAACUGUCUUCUGGUGGCGACAUUGUUCCCUAGGAAAGACAACUGUUACAUAAGCUUGUUGGAUUUCAGGGACAAGAACAUGGUCUGGUCCUGGUCUGAUAUCGGAGCUCCGAUGACUGUAGAUGAGAAGAGGGUGAGAGAUGCCAUAGCCAUGGAAGAGAGCAAUUCGAUAUGCGUGGUGAAUGAGUUCGAGGAUUUAGGGUUUAUCGAUCUGAGAAUGUAUGGAGGGAGCGUGAGGUGGAGCUCGAGGAGCAGGCUGAUGAAAAGCAAGAUGCCCGACGAACCAUGCUACCCGAAACUGGCAUUGCACGAGGGGCAGCUCUUCUCGUCGAUGAAUGAUUCCGUCUCUGUGUUCUGUGGACCAGACUGGGUGUUAACUUCAAGGCUAAGAAGAAGCUAUGGAGGCUCCAUAUGCGAUUUCUCCAUAGGAGGGGAUCGUCUCUUUGCAUUGCACAGCGAGGAGAAUGUGUUCGACGUAUGGGAAACUCCGCCUCCUCCCAUCAUCUGAUUUUGGUUCGAAAACGGUUGCUGGAUUUCCCCUGUUUUGUGUGCUUGUUUGGUUCUUUUGUUCAUGCUUAGGGUUCUUAGAACAUU